AUGUGGAAUGAAAAGCCGAGUUUCACGUUUGAGAUUGACAACUUCUGGGAGAAGGAAGGUGGCAUACCUUCUCACGUAUUCGUGGCUGACGGAUGCGAAUGGUUUCUUAAUAUUUGGCCCAAGGGACAUCGUCUUAUUGGUGAUCACUUGGCUGCUUACCUGUACGUUGCAAAUCAACAAUCACUAGGCACAGGAUGGAAAAGGACAGCUAGUUACUACUUUACUUUGAAUCAAUCCGACAAAGAGCUCUGCAGAUCAUCUGUUAUGCCUCACAACGUGUUUGAGGCUAGGAGACCAGGUUCGGGUGUCCAAAUCCAAAAUACCUUGCAACUCCCCAAGAGAGAGACUCUCAAGAACGAAAGAGUCACCAUUCAAUUCUACAUUAAAGUUGUUGAAGCUUUUGAUGGACAAAACCUACAUGUAUCAGAGUUUGUGGAUUUCAACGGUUUUCAAGUUCCUGCUUCUCAAGUAAUAGUUCAAAAAUUCUCCUUGGUCUCAUCGGAUAACCUCUCAGAGACUGAAAUAAUCAGCGCUCACAGCGAGUUGAGUGAGUUGAUGGACGUAGGUUUCAAGCUUGAGUGGUUGAAGACAAAGCUUGAAAAGAUUUCAUUGAAGAAGAGAUCAGAUGAUGAUGCUGAUGAUGUGACUCGGGUCCAACAACUUGAGGAACGUGUCAAGAUUCUUGAGCUUAUGGAUUUGGGAACCAUGAAGACAAAGCUUGAAGAGGUUUCCUUGGAGAGUAAGAAAGCAGAUUCUGAUAGAUCUCGGGUCCAACAACUCGAGGAAAGCUUCAAGAAUCUUGAGCUAGUUGUGUCGGAUCUAAGAGCUGAACUGCUCAAGAAUAAGGCCAACUCUUUUGAUGCUGAAUUUUUGUUGGUCGAUGAGGUUUGCUUGAUGUAG